GUUACUGCUUAUAAAACACUCGCUUACAGUUUCAUACACUCAAACAUUACUUAUACCAUUGCUACUUAUCUCCGUACCCAUCCACGGACACUACGCCGAGCCUCGACUUCAAUAAUCAACGACAAUGGCAGCGUGCCCAACUAAAGAUCUUGAGGAGAUGGCCAAGGCAUGGUCCAAAGCCAUGGAGUUCUCCAAGGCCCGCUUCCAACGCGUGCAUGAUCUUGCAGAAGACCAACUUGACGACGCCAUCAAUGCCGGUCAUCUAGUUCUCGAGAAUGUGUGCUUGUUUAUACACGCAGGCGUCAGGUAUGGACAAUUCCGACCUCCUCUCAGCUUUUGGCAAGUUCUUCAUUCAGAGUACGGCAUCGUCGUAUAUCCUUCUGCAUUCCAAGAAGACAUAAAUAUCCCAGGAUUGGGCAUCGAUGUGACAUUCACAGAGGCAUACCAAGGCCACAUCAUGAUGCAUGUUGGAACACGCACCAAGUAUCCUCGGUGCCCCUUUGAGUUUAUACAGGAACCACCACCGGUCUACCAGAGGGAAACACCUAAGAUGGAAACAUGACGGUCCAAGACCCAGUUUGAGUCGGUUCAAUGGCGGAGAUAUCAGAUAUGAUGCAAUGAUUUUGGGUUUUAGCGGGUGGGUUUGGCGAUAGUAGUGCGCCUGGAGUAUAGGCUGUCUGGUGGUGGUUUGAGCACACAUCAGUUCGGGAUGUCGCAGAAGAGUUAAAGACGCAAAGUCUCAGUCUCAGCGUGUGAAUUUUACUUUCAAUAUUAGGAAUAUUCAACCGACAACGCUAUGUUUCGCGCUGUCCUAUAGCUCCAUCCCUAUUGGCUCUCCAAACUCCCUCCUCACCUUCGAACUCUUCACGUUUCCAUACCUCAACCUUGUUUUUACACUCUUCCAACGCUUCUUCACCCGCCCGCCACGCUGCUUGACGAUGCGGGGAUGAUACGGCGAUCAGAAUGCUCUCCUCACCGAUGGGAACAGCACCAAGACGAUGAAUCAUGGCUACUCCACGCAGACCAUGCUUCUCACAAACGUCUUUCGCAAUGGCCAUCAUGGACUUAAGAGCACGAGGAUGAUAUGCUGUGUAUUGCAGUUCCUUGACCGGUUUCCCGGCGAAAUUAUCACGAGUGGUUCCUGCUUUCGAUGUCAGACUCCCAGUUGAAUAAUGAAAGACAAGUAAAGACGAGAGAGCUUACCUGCAAAGAGAACAAUAGCGCCAGCUGAGGGUCUGCGUACACGGUCCAUGAUGGCCUGGGCGUUUAAGUGAUUGUGUGUCAAGGCAACAUAGCAGUCUUGUUCUGUUUGUUCCCAGACAUCUUGAGUAUUCUGU